UUUUGGAAGGAUCGCUGCGAUGGCCGCCCAGGGAGAGCCGCAGGUCCAGUUCAAGCUCGUCCUGGUGGGCGACGGCGGCACCGGGAAGACGACGUUUGUGAAGCGCCACUUGACCGGCGAGUUCGAGAAGAAGUAUGUAGCCACCCUGGGCGUGGAGGUGCACCCGCUGGUCUUCCAUACCAACAGAGGACCCAUCAAGUUCAACGUGUGGGACACAGCCGUCCAGGAGAAGUUCGGGGGCCUGUGCGAUGGUUACUACAUCCAAGCCCAGUGUGCCAUUAUAAUGUUCGAUGUAACAUCAAGAGUUACUUACAAGAAUGUACCUAACUGGCAUAGAGAUCUGGUACGUGUGUGUGAAAACAUCCCCACUGUAUUGUGUGGCAACAAAGUGGAUAUUAAGGACAGAAAAGUGAAGGCAAAAUCUAUUGUCUUCCACCGAAAGAAGAACCUUCAGUACUAUGACAUUUCUGCCAAAAGUAACUACAACUUUGAAAAGCCUUUCCUCUGGCUUGCCAGAAAGCUCAUUGGAGACCCUAAUUUGGAGUUUGUUGCCAUGCCUGCGCUUGCCCCACCUGAGGUGGUCAUGGACCCGCUGGCAGCACAGUACGAGCAUGAUUUAGAGGUUGCUCAAACGACUGCCCUUCCAGAUGAGGAUGAUGACCUGUGA